CAAUUUAAGGGGAUGCGCGUAACAAUACGUGUAUUACGUUAACAGACAGACAGACAGACAGACAAUGUUGAGUCGCGGUAUAAUUGAGAUUGUUCUGCUGAGCGCUGCGGCGGGGUACAUGGAUCUCCCGGUGAGAAAACUCCCGGAAAUAGACCUAAACAAGCCCAAUAAUUUUGACGCCACCACUUGCGAGAAAUUCGAACAAAACGCUUACUUCGAUCCUAAAGAGAUCGUCGACUCUCUCUGGAAGAUAUUCUAUUACUGGGCAAAUGGAGUGGAGAUUUCAACGAUUUUGUUUUCAUUGCCAUCUGACAAGAAGAUUAGCAAUUUCAGAACAUUUGUGGAGACUUACAAUCCAGAUCUGAGUAUUGAGUGGGACAAAGCUGCACUGUUUAUGGAGCCCCGGCCUGAUGUUAAAGUGUUGCUCGUGAGCAGAGACCGCCCCGGCUCUUAUCUAGCAGUGGUUAAGGGUGAAAAACACGAUAAAGGACGUGACGUUCCAAAUGUGCACGCGACAGAUGUCCGUAUGAAAACAGUCGGUCGCUACAUGGGCAUCAUGAAUUGCGAUGAUGGCACCGCGUUCGCUCUGGCGCGCCUCCACGACAUGCCCGACACCUACCAUCAUUGUAAAGCAGCUGCGCAGUUAUUAGGUUUUAACGUAAAUACAGGAGAAUCAUAUAUUACCCACGUUCCUGAAUUACGUCCCCUUGAUGAGCUUUGAUUGAUUAUAUGUAGUAUCUUAUUACUUCUUUAUUUUUUCCAAGUUCAUGAAAUAAAUUCUUCAGAGUCAGUCGAAUAAAAAUGUACUAUAUACC